UUUUAAUCUGAAAAAUGGCCGAAUCGGAACAAAGGAACAAAGAGAAUUGUAUCGUAGGAUCAAAAGAAAUGAUGGUGAAGCAAGAAAAGCGUGAGAAUACAUUGACGAAUGGCGGGAAAGGAUCUGGGGAUGACGCGGACAGUCUCGAAGAAUUACCUCUUGAUAUUGGUGAACACUAUCUUGUUCGCAGAUCUGAUGAUUCCUGGCAUCCAGCAGAAAUUAUUCAAACUCGAUAUAAUGAGAGUGAAAGCCACUAUGAAUAUUAUGUUCAUUAUGAAGGACAUAAUAGAAGAUUGGAUGAGUGGGUGCCUAGGGAUAGAAUUAUGUCAAGCAGAUUUGAUAUGAGUGAUAGAAGUUGGAAAAGUGGAGACAGAAAUUCUGGUACUGAUUUACUGGCAGAUUCAUCAGAUCGUAAGAUUACAAGAAAUCAAAAAAGAAGACAUGAUGAAAUUAAUCACAUUCAAAAGACAUAUGCCGAAAUGGAUCCUACAACUGCUGCACUAGAAAAAGAACAUGAAGCAAUAACAAAAGUCAAAUACAUUGAUAAGAUUCAAAUAGGAAAGUAUGAAAUUGAUACUUGGUACUUUAGUCCGUAUCCAGAGGAAUAUGGCAAGCAACCAAAACUAUGGAUUUGUGAAUAUUGUCUUAAAUACAUGCGUCUUGAAAAAACUUAUAGAUAUCACAUGAGUGAAUGUACGCAUAGACAACCAGUUGGUAAAGAAAUAUAUCGCAAAGGCACAUUAAGUAUUUGGGAAGUGGAUGGUAGAGAGCAUAAAAUUUAUUGUCAAAAUUUAUGCUUACUUGCAAAAUUAUUUUUAGAUCAUAAAACACUUUAUUUUGAUGUUGAACCAUUUCUUUUUUAUAUUCUUUGUGAAGUUGAUAAACAUGGAGCUCAUUUAGUUGGUUAUUUUUCAAAGGAGAAAGAAUCACCUGAUGGUAACAAUGUUGCUUGCAUUUUAACUUUACCGCCGUUUCAAAGACAAGGAUAUGGAAAGCUUUUAAUUGCUUUUAGUUACGAAUUAAGCAGAAUAGAACAAACUGUUGGUAGUCCUGAAAAACCCUUAAGUGAUUUAGGAAAAUUAUCAUAUAGAAGUUAUUGGAGUUGGAUUCUUUUAGAAAUUUUGCGGGAUUUUCGAGGUACUCUUAGUAUAAAAGAUCUGAGUCAAAUGACAAGUAUAUCACAAACAGAUAUCAUAUCGACCUUACAAAGUAUGAACAUGGUUAAAUAUUGGAAGGGUCAACAUGUAAUUUGUGUAACACCUAAAUUAGUUGAAGAACAUAUUAAAAGUAGUCAAUACAAGAGACCACGGUUAACAGUGGAUAGUAGUGCACUUAGAUGGGGAGCUCCACCACGAAAGAACGUAAAACCUGGCAAAAAGUAGCAGAAAUCAAAUUGCAAUUCAAUGAUUUUUAUUAUCGUGAGAUUCACGAUUUAAUGUGUUUAGUAAACACUUGAUGAAGAAAAGUUGCACUUAUAAUAUAAUAAUAUGCAACAAUUUGGUAAAUAAUUUUUAUACGCAUAUGCGAGUUUAUGUAAAAUAUUACGCAUAUAUUUCACUAAUUUGCAUUGUAAGACUCAUAUUUGACUCGUAAAAUGAGUAAGCAUGAUUGAUUUCUAAAGCUUCGUUAAAUCUUCGAAGCGUAAAGAUAUUAAAAAGUGUAGUAAUAUAUUCUCUAAAUAAUUUAAUUUUUUUUUCAUAGUACACAAAAAAAAGAAUUGAAGAUAAUAUACUGAUACUGACACGAAAUACCAUGUAUUUCUUAAUAAUAGAAGAAUCAUUAAUCUUUGCUAGAAAUUUAUUAGUUUUGCAACAUGUAAUUAUAAUCUCAAGAUACAAGUAUGUUGUGUUUCACAUAAAAGAAAAAAAAAUAAGAUUGAUAAUACCAUACAGUAUUAAUCUGUAUUAAUAAUUUUAUUAUAUAUAUUCAUUAAUAAUAAAUUAAUUAUUAAUGAGAAAGAAAUUACUAUAGAAUAAUCACAAAUAUGGCUAAAGUUUAUCAUCAUUACACCAAAAUAAUAUUCAUUAUUUAUAAUUUUGAAAUAGAUGAUUUAUGCAUUUCUUUUGCCAAUUUAAUGGCAUAUUUAGCAGUUCCAGGCGCAGUGCACACUCCGUAACCUCCAUGUCCAUAAUUAUGCACUAGCUGUAAUAUAAUUUUGAUCAAUUAACGAAAACAUUCAUAAAUAAAAUAUUCAAUUGAAACUAACAAUAGCUUUGGAAAAUCCUUUUACGAUUUGUUCCCCUUCCACUCUGACAUUGUUUUCUCUAUGUGGUCUUAAGCCAACUUCUACUUUUACAAUUUCUGCUUUUUUAAUAUUUGGUAGGAAGUUUUUACAUCUAUUAUGAAUUGCUGUAGAUUCAUACAGACAAGGUUUUAAAUUUUCAGAAUCAAAGCUUCUCGAACCACCUAGAGUAACUAUACCAUUAAAACCUGGUAUAAUAUAAGUGUCCAAUUCGCCAUAAAAAAAUGUUUUCAACCAUGGCGCAUUUACCUAUUUUUUUAAAAUUAAAAAAUUAAAAUAUGUUCUAUAUUUAAAAAUUAAUUCUAUGUUAAAAUAAAUAUACUUUAAGUAUUUGACCACGUAUAGAAACGAGACGUUUAUCAUUGCAUAAAGAUCGUGCUUCGAGACCUGUACAAUUCAUAAUUAAAUCCCAAUCGGAUACAAGUUCUGUUAGAGAAUUCAAUUUUUUUUCUAUCAAUUUAAUUCCACUUAUUUCUAAUCUAAGAAUAAAUAUUUGUUUAAGAAUUUUUAGUUUGAAGAAAUUAUGUUAAUUAAUAAAAUAAAUUCGUUACUUAUUACGUGCCCAUGGCAGAUGCAAUUUACACUCUGUGAGAAGAGUUCUAAAAAAUGAGCCAUAUUUCCAAUUACCUUCCACUAAUUCAAAUUCUUCGUCUGUAGCUUUUCUAUAUAUUGGUACUAAAUCUUCGAUCCAAUGAUUCUAUUAUAAAAUAAUAAUAUUAAAAAAAAUAAAUUUUAACAAAAUUAAUAUUUGAUUUUUUUUAACAAAAUUUAAUAAUGAUAAUUCUAUCAUAAUGCAUUUUCUCAAAAAAUAUAAUAUUCUUAAUGAACAUAUAAUAAAUUUAAAAAAUAUUCAUAAAAAUUCAAAAUAAACCUUAACAGUUUCUGGCGAAGAAUUUGCAAAUAAAUAACCGGAUAUAGCUGUUAUACCAGCAAAGGAAGCUUCAUAAGACUUCCGAAUAUUAUCGUAAUAUUCAUACGAAUCUCGUAUCCAACAUCUAAAAAAAAAACAUUUUAAUUAAAAAAAAAUAUAAAAAUUUUAAACAUCAGAAAUAAAAUCUGCCUUUACGUAUAAACCUUGUUAUUUCUUCAGUUGGUCCAAAAUAUGAUGAACCAAUUCUAAAUAUUCCAGCUGCCACAUGACUAACAGUAUUAUUAAAAUCGGAAGCAAAAAUAGUAAUUUCAGCAUUACGUAAUUCAUGUUUUAAUUGUAAAGCUGUAGUUAAACCAAUUAUUCCACCUCCGAUUAUAACCACUUUCAUUUUUUCGUUUUUUUUUUUAAUAAUUAAUUAAUAAACAAUGUUUCCUUUUCAAAGAUUCCAGUAAAACGUAACAAUUUAUUAAUUAUUACAGAAAAUAUUAUUAAUUAAGAAUAACUAAUAUUGUUUGAUAAGAUUCUAAAAAUUCCACAUCUUAUCUGUUGUUAAAAUACUCUUGUAUCAUGAAAUUACUUAUAGCUGCAGUCGAUAAUAUGUUUUGUUAAAAUAAACUCGCAAGAUGUAUUAAAAGAAUUACGUUUAUUUUAAUACAAAUUGACAUUUUCCAAAAAGUUAUCGUGGUAAUUCAAAUAUUAUGGGCAGUUAAUUCUCUUAUUAAAGAUAAGAUAACAUCAUUCAAUGGAAAACGUAAAGGUGUGAUUACAGCAUAAAAAGAAUUUAAGAUUUCUGCGCGUUAAACAAUGAUUAAUCGAGAUAUGUACAACGAAUGUUAAAAAUUCAGAGAGAAUUAGUUAAUUAAACUUAGCUUCAUUUUCUUAUUUAUUUGUCUUAUUUAUAGAUUAAUAUGAAAUUUGAUCUAACCACAUCUAUUUUCCCGCAUAUAUACAAACUUUAAUUUCAAAGAAAAAAGAAAGAAAGAAAUUGUAUCAAGAUCUCUUUUUUCUUUAAAACUACGCCUAAAUCAAAAAUAAUUUGUAAACUACAAAAGUAAAAUAUACAAUGAUAAGUUCAUUUGCCUUACGGGUAUCUUACAUCUUCAACAAUGUAAUUGUUAUUAACAAUCGGUCCUCUUUUGUAUAAAUUACAUUGUCACGCGUUACAAUUUUCCAUUGUACCUCGGAUCUCUUCUUUUUUUUUUCGACUAUUUGUUUUUUCGUAUCGAAAAAUAUAAACGUAACGCGAAUUUUUAGAGAUGUGGACGCAAUGGAAUAGUCGUCGUACGCGAAUUCUAUUCCGAAAACGAUUAAUAUCGCAUCACAAAAAAUGAAGCUAUUUACAAUAAACAAACAGUCGAUGAAUUUGUCACUAAUAAUAAUACAUUAUUUUUUGCGUCUACGUUCUGCGCAAAUUUCAACGAUCUUACAAAGCCUUUGUAAGGCCACACUCACGAUUUUUUUCUCCCUUUUUUUUUAUUUCUCCAUGGAGAAAUAAAUAUUUGUAUAUUGUUCAUUUUACAAGCUUAAUAUCUAAGAUUGUUACAUGUUAAAAUAGAAUGCUACCUAAAAUACAAAAAAUCUUACGCUUUACUGCAAGGCUGUAUGGUAUAAUUCAAAGGAGGAGGAGGAACUAAAAGAGGCAGCGGAGUAGGAGGCGGAGGAGCUUGAACAGUAUUUGAAACUGUAGUUGCUGAUUGAGCUUCACUAUUACGAAUAUUAACAUUGUAAGCAGAAAGAUAACUUGGCCAAAGAUGUGGUGGUGGAGGAGAUCCAGGAGGUGGUGGCGGCGGAGAACGAUCAUCUAAUUCGUCCGAAUCAUCCAUCAUCAUUGCCGUUAAUGGAGUAACACGAGGUUUCUUUAUUUUUAUAAUUUUCACCUAAUAAAUACAAUUAAUAAAACAAUAAUUUGAUACAUAAAAAUUAAAAAUUUACAAAUUAAGAGAAUACUAACCUUUACUUUUUUCUUUGCUUUUGGAGGUCGCACUCUUUUCUCUUGCUUUCUACUCUUCCUAGAACUGGAUCUUCGAAUGUCACGAAUUCCAUUCCGAGCAAUUAUAGAUGUGGGUGGUGGAGGGGAAGGCAUAUCUCCUUCACCACCACUAGGACUGGUACCUUCUCCAGGUUUGAUUCCAUCUGCAAAUUGCACUGAUUUUUUACUUCUUUGUUUUCGCUUAUUCAAUUUUGCUAACUUUAAUUUUUUUAUUUGAAUCUUGAAUUUGCUUGAUUUAUUUUCUCCAGCUUCAUCUUUAUUAGAUUCUUUUUUAUCUGAUUCUGGACCCUCUUUAUCCGUAUUAUCUCCACUCUCAUUUUCAGGAGUAGAUAAAUCAUCUAAGUUACCAUUAGGAACUGAUGUUCUAAAAUAUAUUUAUUUAUAUAUAUAUUUGCAUGUUUAUAUUUAUAUCUUAAGAAUAGUAUAAAUAUUUCUUUAUUCCAUACAAAUAUAAAUAUAAAUAAUUGCAUACCUGAAACCUGAUGCAACUAAAAUUCCUUUCAAAGGUGGUGGAGGCAAUUCUGGCCAUUCUUUGGAUUCUGCCUCGAUUUGAGUUUUAUUUGUUUCAUCUGUUGUUAUGGUUGCAGUAGCUUCAUCAAUAUCAUUUUUUAAUUUAUUUAAUCGUAACUUUUCAUCAUCAUCUUCUUCUUCUUCUUCGUCAUCUUCUGCCUCUUCCUCAUCUUCUUCGUCAUCUUCUACCUCAGCUUCUUCUUCCUCUUCUUCUUCUUCAUCCUCUUCAACAGGCAUUUCUUCUUCUUCUGUAGAAACAGAAGAUGCAACAACCGGUGUUUCUUCUUCUUUUUCAAAAAUAGCAACGGAAGUUUGUUGCUCUUCCACAUCACCUUGUUCUUCACCUUCUAGAAGAGCCUUCAAAACACAUGGAUCUAAACCCGUAUUUUUUUGCUGAUUUGCAUUUUCAGUUUGGCGCAUGUUACUUUUUUCUAAUAAUUGAAGAGCGCGACGAUUAAUUCGUUCAAUUCGCCUACGUUCUUUUUCUUUUCUCCUAAUUUCGCGCAAUCGUUUACGUUCUUCCUGUUCUUUUCUGCGGGUUUCCAAAAUAACUUCGUAGUUAUAAACUGGGAGAACUGGUACUUCUGUGAAUUUAAUUAUAUAAAUAAUUAUUUAUAUUUUAACAAUAUCAUAGAAAAAGACUAAAUUUAUUUACUUUGUGAUGUCACUUCAGCUCUUGCAAACGUCGAUUGUGAUGCCGGAAGUGGGACAGGACCAGGGACAGGUACAGGAACAGAAAUAGGUAAUGGAACCGGAGACAAAGUAGAAACUGGUGUAGAAGUCAUGGCUGGAACGGCCGGUACAGGCAUUGGAACAGGAACUGGAACAGGUACAGAUAUAGGAACUGAGGGAACCGGAGAAGGUUGAGGGACUGUCGCGGAGUAUAUCAUCCCUGCUGACUGAUCGAUCGAAGAAGACUGUCCGCCGCUCCAGUCUAACGAUGUCGGAACAACUUGAAGAACAUUACCUACGCGAACUACUUGACUUGAACCUCGUACAAUCGGUGUAUUCGAGGAAUUGGUUGAGUCUCUAUGGGUUGCUGAGACUCCAUUGAAAUCUGCAGGUACAACUUGCAAUACAUUGCCAACCUGUUUGAUAUUUUGUGAAAAUAUAUUACUUUUUGAUCUUUUUAUAAUAUCAUUGAAUAAAACAAAGAUAAACAAACAA